AUGUCAUCAACACUUUUCAUCAUAGCCAUUGACUGGGUAAUGCGUCAGACAACAUCAGAUUCUAACAGAGGCAUUAGAUGGAGCAUACACUCAACACUAGAAGAUCUAGACUUCGCCGAUGACAUUGCCAUGCUCUCUCACACGCAUCAGCACAUACAAGAGAAAACCAACAGGCUACAAAAUUAUGCAGGACAAACUGGAUUGAACAUCAAUAUCAAGAAGACAGAAAUCAUGACAUUAAACAUCAGUAGACCAUCACCAGUCAUGUCAGGCGAGCAGGAACUGCCUAAUACCAACACUUUUACAUACCUUGGCAGCGUGGUAAGCACAGAUGAUGGUGCAGAGGCAGAUAUCCAACUAAGACUCUGCAAAGCAAGGACAGCCUUCAAGAACCUACAAACUGUAUGGAGAUCAGGGCAGUACACCAUCCGCACUAAACUCCAUCUUUACAGAAGUUGCAUCCUGCCAAUAUUAUUAUAUGGGUAUGAGUGCUGGAGGAUAACAGAACGUGACCAACAGAAGUUGUCAACCUUCCAUACAAAGAGUUUGAGGAGGAUCUUAAGAAUCUUCUGGCCACAGAAGAUAUCAAAUGAAGACCUUCUCAACAGAUGUCAACAAGAACACAUGGCCAUGAUCAUAACAAAGAGACUAUGGAAAUGGAUAGGCCAUGUCCUUCGCAAAGACCAAGAUAACAUUUCAAGAACAGCCCUGUUUUGGACACCUGAGGGGAAAUGA